AUGGAGCUGUCCCCGCCUCCCUGCGGCCUGGAGGCAGAAUAUGCUGCCCUCUUCACCACCGACUGUCUCCACUUCCUGCACGAGCUGAUAUCCACAUUCGACGAGGAGGUGGAUCAGAUCCUCCAGCUGAGAGUGUCCAGAAAGGCCCACUUGGACCUUUCGGGCGAACUGCCGAACUUCCUGGAAAGCACUGCGCAUAUCAGGAGAGAUCCAGGCUGGAAGGUGCUACCCGUCCCGGUCAGGCUCCAAAAGAGGCAUGUGGAUAUUGGGGAUAUGGCCCCCUGUGACACACAGCGCUUCAUCAGAGCUCUACAGUCACCGGCGCAGGGCAUACAGGUCGACUUCGAUGACGGGAACUGCCCCACAUUUUACAACCAGAUCAAAGGCAUUCAUAACGUCACGCGGGCUGCGAACAACCAGUUCCCGGGUCUUCCCCACGUAUCCGAGGCUCCGGUGCUGAUGCUGCGUCCCCGUGCGUGGAACAUGGUGGAGCACAACAUGAUGGUGGAAAGCUUCACAGAAGCCAGGCUUUGGAACAAGAUAUUUGUCUGGACACAGCAGAAGCUGGGCCUUCCUCUGGGGAGCAUCAAGGCAACGGUGCUGAUUGAGAACGUGCUGGCCGCGUUCGAGAUGGAGGAGAUCCUCUACGAGCUGCGGGAGCAUUCGGCAGGGCUCAACUGCGGCCUCUGGGAUUACUCUGCGUCUUUUGUCAACAAGUUUGGUCACCGCCGGGCCUUCCUGCUCCCCGACCGCAGCAAAUACGUCAACAUGGAGAAGCGCUUCCUGCACAGCUACAUGGACCUGCUGGUCCAGACGUGCCAUCGGCGGGGAGCGCUGGCCACGGGGGGCAUGGCCGCUCUGCUGCUGCCUCAGGGAAGGCCCUCGGACUCCCACGGGAGAGUGCUGGCCUCCGUGAAAAGGCUGAAGAUGCUGGAAAUCCAGGCAGGUGUCGAUGGCUUCAUGGUGUACGACCUGAAUCUGGUCCAGCCCAUGCAGGAGGUAAAGUCCGAGCGCUUCGUCCUCCAUCUUACCGCAACCCACACUGAAGCCGAUAACCAGCUUCACCAGCUUCGAGAGGACGUGUCGGUGACUCCUGAGGACCUGCUGUCCAUGCCCUCGGGAGGAGUCACCCUCUAUGGUUUGAAGUACAACAUCGCAGUAGGUGUCCUCUUUAUCGACGCUUGGCUCUCAGGGAAAGGCCACUUCUUCUUCAGGGGUCAGGUUGAAGAUUCAGCCACGGCAGAGAUCUCCAGAUCCCAGGUGUGGCAGUGGAUCCGCCACCAGGCCCGGCUGGAGGACGACAACAGGGUGGUGAGCAGGCGGCUGGUGACCGACCUGGCCAAGGAGCUCACCACGGAGCUGUGUGUACGCCUUCCCUCAGCAAGGGCCCGGCAGAGGCUACACACAGCAGCCCACGCGUUCCUGGAGGUGGUCCUGAGGAGACACUUCCCCGAGUUCAUCACCUCCCACCUCUACCAGCACCACGCCUUCCUCGUCUCCCAGGAGACCGGGCAGGGGGCGGCUCCGGACGGGGACAGGCAGCCGGCCAAGCUGUAG